CAAAAUAACACCUGACCUUGACGUGCCCGACCUUCACAAGACAUAUCUAGAUGCAUAUGUACCCGAGGGAAAGCAAACUAGCGCCAUAAGCUACAUAUUUUGGAUCAUCAGCGCAGUGCCGGACCGUGAUGGAAGUGACGUCGGAAUUGUUAAAGUCGUUUCAUUUAGAUCCUAGCUUCUCGCUAUUGACGGUGCGAUCGUCUGUGCUUUGCAUGGAGCUGUUCAAUUUGCUUGACAUACAUGAAGCAUCGGCAAUUAAUGAUGUGAUUUUCUGUUCGUGGCUGCGCAGCUGCACAGACCUGAGCCACGGCCAGCUGUACGACCUGUUUGAGCUCUUCGACGUCGACCGCUCCGGCGAGAUCGACUUCGACGAGUUCUACCUCGUGAUUGCCAUCCUCGUGGCCGUUAAGGACAACGUGGAGAAGGAAUUCAUCUACCGGCAUUCACGCGCCGUCUUCAACAUCAUGGACUUCGACCAGUCGGGCACGGUGUCAGCUGAGGAAUUCGAGAGAAUAGGCUUCCUCUUCAACUUCUACAGUACCGCCAUCCGGUCAAUCUUCAAGGAGUUCGACGUGUCGGGAGAUUCGGAGCUGGAUUUCAAGGAGUUUAAGCUAUUCGCAAUGGCGUGCAUCGACCAGCAGCGUGCCAUCUGGCUGAGUGAGCAGCGCAAACAGCUCCACAGGAAGCAGCUCAAGUUCUUAAGCGACAACAGAGAGAUGCUGCUGUUCCACCUGAGCAACAGACCGAGUCAGGCGGCCCUUCUGGCCUCCCCCCACGGUGUGGAAACGGAGGCGCCCACAGGACGUUAGGUCCAGUGGGCUGCUACACUGGAGAACGAUAAAAACACAGUUGCGGCAAGGCGACAGCCGCGGCCGCAGAGCUGAAGGAGUACGAUGAAGGGAGCACCAGGCGCAGGCGCAGCACGGAGACCAGACUGGUGCCGGACUCUGUCUCCGACAAUCCCUCCAAAAGCCGCUGGCAAGACAUUCGCGUACUCUCCAUUCGCGCGUCAGUGCUGUUGUGAUGGAUGAA